AUAGUGAGGUAAAACGUGUGCCUGUGGGAGUGGCCGACGCAUAAAGGGAGAAUUGAGCGGAGCACUUUCACUUUGAGCUGUGCCUGUGUCUGAGUAGGAUACAGAGGGAUAUGAGGGAGAAAUCCAGGGGAAGAGGUCAGCUCUGGCACUUUAUUCAUUAACCACUUUUAAGGGAAGGAGACGGGGUAGUUUAAGGUCAGGAAAAUUCUAAGUCAGUAGUGAGAAAGGGAAAGGAGAAAAGAUUUAGAAAGGAAAAUAGAAAACAAGGCUUUCAAAGUGAAAGGCUGCAGCCACCCUGGCUUCAAGUGGGAAAACCCAAAGUGAGAGAGCAUGUCGAUGUGAGGUGACAAGUAGGGCAUGUGCAUGGAAAGUACCAAAGGACCCUAAGUAAAGAGAAGGGGAUGAUCUGAGGGAUGUGAACAGGAAGACUAAAUAUCAAGCAGUGAAGAAGAAGAGACAGAAGCCUGCUCUUUCAAAGACCUGUAAAAAAACCACAGGAGGAAGCUUCGCCUUUUACAGAGUGACAGUGAAGCUUGCCUGCAGAGUCACUGCUGUCAACAAGAGAAAUGGACAUGCAGUCAAGAUAAAACGAUGACACUGCGAGUUCUACUGUUGCUGUCAUUACUAACUGCCCCAUGUGGUGGAUGUGAGUUUGACCUGGAAGGUGUGAAAAAUAUCAAAGGGACCAUCGAUUCGAGUUCAGCAGGCUUUCGCACAGUGUUUCCUAAGGAUUACUAUGUGGUGCAUCGAUAUACAAGACACAUGCUCUGUGACACCGAUCCGUGUUGCGUGUUCCCUGCUGCGUAUGUCCUCCUCGAUUCUUGGCAAGUGCUCCUGACAAACCUCUGGGAGGAACACUUAAAUCACUCUCUUGUUGUGGAACUGACACGGACACUGGAUAAAAUUACUAGCACAAACAGAAACAUGGAAAUGUUUCGGGAGGAGACAGACUUAUCCCAGUUCUCCUUGGUGUCUUCCUCUCCAGAAGAACUCCUAAAGUUAACAUCAGAACUUUUUAGCCGGUGGAUUCAAAUUGGGUGCCCACCUACUAUUGAAACAUGCACCCUGCCCAACUUGCCACCGUCUGUUGAAAGGAAGGACUACAGCCCAUCAAGGGCCAGACUUUUAACCACUAGAGCGGUAGACAAUAUGAAGUCUGGCAGGAUUAUAGACACACCGCCACUGUCCAGUGGGGUUCCCCCAUCGUAUUCUGCAUUCGUUUGGAGCUCCUUAUUAUUGAGACUCUACUGGUGUUUGCUACCAUAGUUGUCAAAAAGGGUCUUUUUUGUAGGCACUGAUGACUGUUUCCUUAAGUUUUUGUCUUUGUGUUUCAGUGUGGUAAGCUUUGUGAAACUCAAGUGUUACAUCUGAUGCACAAAAUUAGAUCAAACCACGAGCUCGCCGUCCAACAGCGCUCUGUAAGAGGUGAUAUCGCAGAUGUAAUCCAAUAGCCUCACUAUUUAGAGCAAACUAUCUAUGGUUUAUGUUCUUCUUGCUAAUGGGCAUUGUCUGCCACUGUUUACAAAUGGAUGUAUAUGUAUUUACUUUUGUACAGAAAAAUAAAUUAAAGACAUUUAGAUAUA